AUGCACUGGAGCCGGACGAGCACAGACCGGGACGGUCCAACAAGGAAAUCUCAGUCCGAGAAGCUGGUGGAAACACUCUCAAAGUUAUGACGGAGUGCGCCGGCCGCCCUCCCUCCACCUCAUCCUUAUCUUCCCUCCCUCUGGUCGAGGUCAAGGCUGAGACCCGUCUGGUCCUCCAAGCAUUCCUUCAUCGAGCCGCCUCCGUCCCCCUGAAGGAAAGACCUGGACGAAUAGGAGGAGCCUACAAAGACCACAACAAAUACAGUGUCAAGCCACAGCCCAAAGUGAAGGAUGGCUGGGAUUCGCAGGCUGAAGAUGUCAGUUCAGGAGACGAGAAGAAGACGGGCUUUAAAGAUUUCAUAAAGCAGCUGCCUCGUCUGACUCCUCCACGGCGAUCUUCAAAAGACCCCAGAGGCUCACUGGACCGAGAGAAGUCCAAACCCAGAGACCAAACAGAAGAUGACCUGGUGUCGCCGUCGUCAACAUCAGAUGAUGAGGAUGGUGAGAAGAAACCUCCGAAGAGACUGAACCAAAAGAAGAUUAGAAGAAAGAUAUCCACCUUCUUUAAGAAAAAAUUUGAGAAAGACAAGGAUAAAACGGACACUGAAUCUUUACCUCAGAGACCUUCGACUCUCCCCAUUGACAAGAAACCAGAGCCCACCCCCACCCUUGUCUCUCCCAACCACCCACCUGAGUUCUACGAUGAGGUUGCAGAAAAACUUGAAAAGAUUGCCCAGAGGUCCACCAGUACCAAGAAACCCAAUAGGAGGCCCACCACUCCACCUACACAAGCAGUGUGUGACAAAGAGGCGGUGGUGCAGCAGCUUGUUCAAGUACUGUCUCUGGAAGGAGACGCCAUUAACACUAAGAUUCAGUCAGACCCCUUCCUGCGCCAAAGCUUGUCUCGUUUGUCCUAUGGGUCAUUCUCUAAGCUUCUGGACACAUUCGGCAGCAGUCAGGUACUGGAGGCCCCAGCCCUGCCACCGAGGGCCAGUCCGACGCUGCAGCGCAUGGCCAUCACAAUGGAGGUGUCACGGCGAAUAGUGACAGCCACAGGGACCCAGCGAAUGCAGGGCUAUGCUGAGUUUUACAUGGAGACGUUUGCCCCCUGGGUCAAGAGCCACGGGGGAUGGGAGAAUGUGGUGGAUCUGGAGGAGUACGACUGAGGCCAUGGAGCUGUGGCUGAACAUGAUCACAAUGAACCAGACCAUGAUGUCAAAGUGAAGGCCAGUGGAGAUGUUACCAUUAUGGUAUCUGACUGUGGAGAGUCCAAGAAGGUCAGUUUUAAUUGUGAUUACCCGGGAUGUGAGAAUGGCGCAGUACUUUAACAUGGAUAUUUUUACACUAAAACUAUGUUUGUAAUGUCAACUGACUGGUAAAAGUUAGUAUACAGGCCUUCGGCCUUAAGACCAAUGUGUGAACACAUCUGGAAUAGUGGGUUAUUGUACAGUUUUGCACAUUAAAAAAAAUAAGCUGCAUACAAUUCCAUUCUUUACAAUGGGGUAACAUAAUGAAAAUGAUCAAAUCUUGCUGUAAUGUAGAAAAUGUGCUUGAAAAUGUUAACCGUUCACCAGUCCCUUACUUGGUAUAUUAAUAUCUAGUACAGUACAUACUGUAUGAAGGUUACCACAGCUGGAAUUUUACUUUUUUUCCUGAUUUUGUUCAGAAUGUUCUGCCUUAAAGGGCAGAGAGGCUCUUGAAAAGGCUGUAAACUUUUGUGUUAAAACUGCUGUUACUCUCAGGACUGUGUACCAGUACCUGUUUUCCAUAAAUAUAACGGUAUUUCUCAUUUUUCACAUGAUAUGACUCCUAAAACCACUUGAUUGCACUUGAUCUGAACUAUGAGCCUCAAUGUGACAAGAAUUAAUUCCUGCUGAAAUCCACAAAGGACUCAUUUCCUUUUCUUUUUUUCCCACAUCAUCGUCUUUCACACAGUUUGCACUAAACCUUUAUAAAACUUCGAUGUGUUUAGUCCAGUCUUCUCUUCAUUGUGAUGUACAGAUUUUGUUGAUACGAGGCAACGUUCUGUGUUUGAAGGUUACCCUAUAUCAAAUAUCAGUUACGGACUUGGCUGGAUGGUUGAUAUUUAUUUUUUUUAAUUUAUUGUUGUUUUUAAUUAAUCAUUGUAUUAUUGCAAUUAUUAUUAUUAUUAUUAUUAUUAGUAUUGUUAUCCAAGUUACUAUAGGUGAAAUUCAGUAAUUCUAAUGUGAUGUGUUUCCUGUUUGGCAUGUUUACAUUCUGUCUUCACAUAUGUGGGAACAAACUUGACUUUUGUGUGCUUUAAAAAUACUGACUGUAUUUAAUUAUGCUAUUUUUUAUAUGUAUAUUUCUAUGUGCUUAAAAGCAGUGCCAUGUUUGUUUUGUUUUUUUUUUAUAAUGUUUUACCUGUUAAAAGGGAAACAGUGAAUGUAAACUGAAUGCCUUUGUAAGUCCCACAAUUCAUUGUUUAUAAGUAACUGUGUUGACUCCAUUUAAGUAUGUGACUUAAUGAAAUGUGUAUUAUGCAGCAGAGGAUAAAGCCACAGCUCUUCAGUUACAUUUGUACAAUAUUUAGAACACAUCAUCUCAUCUCAGAGCAACAGAAGCAAAGACUGCAAUACAACUUUAUGAUAAAUUCAUCUGUAUUUAACAACACUCACAAGCCAAUUUGCAGCAAACAUGAGAAACGCAUGUAAUUAUAAUACACAGCAUUGGUACAUAGCAUGAAAUUACAUUAGCAUCUGAUGUCUACGAGCACAGUAUUGAUCUCAGGCACAUGUUUUUGACCAGCAUAACAAAUAAAACAAAAAUACACUUUAAACUUGAACAUGCACUGUGUUAUUAAUACCCACUGAGUGUAAAAGAAAAUGUCAGUGUCCAUUGUUUAUAGAGAUAUAACAGUUUAAUUUGCAUCUGGGUUUGCAUGUGUAGUCUGCAUUCAAUAUUACUUUGUGUCAUAAACUGCCACUGUUUUUCCCAAAACAUUAAAAGACAAUCACUGAGUCU